UUAAUUCCUCAACGUCCCUCUCUCCAUCUCCCCAUCCGCCACCCGCACCCAUCUUUCGCGAACCCAAAAAAAUAAAUAAAAGAAGAAGACAAAAGCUUCCACCUUUUCCUCUCCUCCGGCUCCUCCUCCUCCUCCUCUCCAAGCCCUCUGCUUCCCACAAAAAAGCUCCGGCCUUUCGAUUCGCCCCCACCACCCGCGACUUCGAAAUUGGCUCGGUCUUUGCUUCUGGGUCACUUCCACUUCUCUCUCUCUCUCUCUCUCUCUCUUUCUUUCUUACCGGAGCCGGGUCUCCUCCAAUCUCCUUGAUUCCGGGUCGGUCUCUCGGGGGGUUCCAAUUAGCCCCGCUCGAGUGUCGACGCGACUCGAUUUGAUCUCGGAAGGGGUGGCCGGCGGAUUGAUCGGCGGAAUGCAAUUCGCCCCCGUCAGCUCUAACCUCCGCUGUAUCCGAGCGCUACGCCGCUAACGCUGCUUCCGCUCACCCACCGUCCUCCAGAUCAGCGCCCCCAUCCUGGUCCCGGCCGUCCUCGCCGCCUCGGCGCCGUCGGCCUCGGACACGAACGUGACGGCGCUGCUCGAGAAGGCUGGGUGCAAGACGUUCGCGGGCCUCCUGACGGUGUUCGCGCCUGACGUGAGCUCGUGUCGCUCCUGCUGUACCACGCGGUGGCGGACUACACCCUAAUCGGGUCCCGGCCGCCGUUCCAGGUUCCAAGUGCAAAGGUGUCCCAAGAAGAGUCCAUUUCUAGUUUAGAUCAGAUGGAGAGGUUUUUAGCAGCAGGCAGUAUCGAUGAGCUGAAUGACUUGAUCGAAAGAGAUGGGCUCAUCCUCGAGAAGAUGGCUCUCAAAGGGGCCGGUAACACACCGCUGCACGUCGCUUGUCUGGCCAGCCGUUUGGAUUUAGUCCGAGUGCUCUUGAAGUGGAGGCCAAAGUUUGCGGAAAAAGUGAACGCGGAUGGUUUCAGUCCGCUGCACAUUGCAGCAGCUAAAGGUGAUGUGGAGAUCGCGAGGGAGCUCUUGGGAGUGUAUCCACACCUGUGCUCUGUGAAGGGAGUGGAGCGGAGAAUCCCUUUAUAUUAUGCCAUCGUACACGGUGAGCUUGAUGUCAUGAAGGAACUGCUCUUGGCUUCCCCUGAGUCCGUCCAAGAGACAAUCGCCCGAGAGGAGACGGUUCUUCACCUCGCUGUGAAGUACAAUCGGGUUGAUGCUGUCCAUGUGUUGGUGGAGCAUAUGAAGGAUUAUAACUGCGCGUCUGUCAUCGAUCAGAAGGACAAUGAAGGCAACACCGCAUUGCAUCUGCUGUCGCCGCCCAAAAUUUCGAGGUGGUCAACUUCAUGCUUCACCAGCCACAUGUGGUCGUGGACGUGAAUGCCUGUGACCAGAAUGGUAGGACGCCUCUUGAUCUCUCGCGAAGGGAAGUGAUCAGAAGCAUUCUAACAAGAGCUGGAGCCAGACAUGGAACCUUGAACAGAAGAAGAUAUUCUAAGGGCGACAUACGCGACACCCUGAUCGUCGCCGCACUCAUUGCGAGUAUAACCUACCAAACUCUGCGAUAUCUUUUUUCCAACAAUGGGAUGGUGAAGAAUGGAUGUGAGAAAGAAACGUUCAUUUUGAGUCUCAUUUUGAGUCUCCUUUCUUUUUUAAUUGUAUUUUUUUAUUUGCAAAAAUAGAAAAAUAACUUCUCAUUAUCUUUUUUCCGACAAUGGGAUGGUGAAGAAUGGAUGUGAGAAUGUGCCUUUGUGUA